AUGUCCGAAAACAAAUCUCAAAAUAUCUACGAUGAUCCAGCCUUCUAUUCCCAAUAUGAAGGUCUUGAUCGACAGGUCCACGGACUCGCUUAUGCUCCAGAAUGGCCGGUUCUUCAGUCCCUAAUGCCAGACCUCCAAGGUGCCAACGUUCUUGAUCUCGGAUGUGGAAGUGGUUUUAGCUGUCGAUACACUCGUUCAAAGGGUGCUGCAAGUGCACUGGGAAUUGAUGUUUCUGCAACCAUGAUCGCGCAUAGCAAAGAUCAUCCAGCAGACGAUGCAAUCACUUAUGAGCAGCGAGACUUGGAGGAUAAUCUCGAGCUUCCAGACGAGAAAUUCGACUUUGCGUUUUCAUCCUUGGCUUUCCACUAUGUCGCCAAUUUCGAACAGCUGAUUCCUCAAAUCUUCAAAGCUCUCAAACCUGGAGCCAAUUUUCUCUUCACGACUAUCCAUCCCAUUCGAUCAGCUGGGGAGGUACGAUGGAUCGAGCAUCUGGGGAAGCAACAAGCUUGGCCCGUGACUGAGUACCUGAAUGAAGGUCCAAGAACGAUUGAGUGGUUGAAUCAUCCUGUCAAGUUCCGUCACCGCACGAUCCAGACUUAUUUCGAGGUUCUUUUGGGAGCUGGAUUUCAACUAUUGAACUUCAAAGAGUGGAGUCCUAAGGAGGAGGAGUUGAAGGAGUUUCCUUUUUGGAGCCUCUCUGGAGGUGCUCCUAUGUUCAUGGUCUUCAAGUUUCUCAAGCCUAAGGUGUAA